GUUAUAAAAUAAGUUAAGAUUUCAAGGUUUUUACUAUAUAUUUCAUCAAACAUAUACUUCACUAAUUUAAUUGGUUGGUUUUUGUUUUUCUAAAGAAUUAGAAGACACACGUGUAAGAGAAUGAGUACACGCAAGAAACUUCUUGACAAUUACAAAGUAAAGUUCUUACUGAUCGUGCAGAUUGUACUCAGUCAAAUGAUUUUGACUGCUGGAUUUACUAAUGUUCCUCAAGUUGGUCCUGAAGCAAAAUCAUAUAUACCAGCAAAUAUUUCGACAGAAAGUUUUCAAAAUUAUUCAACACAAUAUUUAGAUACAACCAAAAGAAAGUUAUGCAUUCGGGAAAUAGUAUUCAGAAACUCAAAAAGCGUUACUCAACAAUGUAGCAACUUCAAAUACAUGCCAAUAAGUCAGAUUAUCAAAGAAUCUUAUAGUUAUAGUAAUGAUGAAUUAAAAAAUUUCGAAAAAAUUCUAAAUUUUAUUGAAAAACGAGCAGCACAAAAUAUUAAAGAUUCAGCUUAUAAUUAUUUAUACCAAGAAGUGAUGAAUCACUACAUGUUAAAGAAAUUAAAAAGAACCCAAAUGACUUUAUGCCUUUUGGAAAUAAUACUUGACAAAAAGCAAGAAGCUAUUGGACAUUUUAAAGAUUUGAAUCCAACUUCAGUAUCUCAAGUAAUAGAACACGCUUAUAAGUUUCAAAAUGGUACUCAUUUUAAAGAAAUGUUGAACUUUAUUAAUUCAAAGCCAGAAAUAUCUAACAUAGAACAUAAUAUAUUAAUUAUGACCGCAUCGGUUGUGAAUGGAUCGCAGAUCAUUUGCAACACGGAUAUUGAAAACGUUUUAUGUGCAGCAAUGCUUAUACAAAUCGGUUUAAAAAUACAUUCUACACAAAUUGAAUCAUUUUAUUUCAAUAAGCUUCAAGAAUUAUGGGAACAUAUAAUUGUUUUUUACUGUGGUUCUAUAAAAAAUUAUCAGGAAAUACCUAGUAAUUAUCUAGAUAUACCUUCAAAUUUACAUGAGAUGGACGGCAAAUUAAAUAAAAUCGAGAAUUAUUUUCUGAAUAUUAUAAUUCCUUCUGUACGCAGAGUAUUAAAUAAAAAAGGUAGUAAUUUUGAUAUGAUUAUCGAAUGUGUGCCAAGAUCUUUUCCGUUUAUUGAAACAGGUGUCAUGUUAUAUUCAACUGUAUUCGAGGAAAUGGCUAAGCAAAAUUCUUUAAAUACCAAUAAUUUAAUAACAAAAUUUGCAUUUUAUCUUAAAAAUUACAUGGAACUACCAAAUUAUUCUAAUAUUGAAGAAAAAUAUAAAGAAGUAUUUGAAAAUUUAAAAAGAAACAUACCUGAUUGGAUACAAAAGUUGAUUUUUCUUGGUGAUAAAUGUAAAUUGAAGAACCACAAAUGGGGUCAAUAUUUAUCCGCAUGUGGUGAAUUUGGUUGUAAUAAAUCUAGUGUAGAUAGUCAUACGGUAUUUGCGACACAAGAAACAACGGAUACACAAAAUCAAUGGAAAUUUGUAAGCAACAAACCUGGUUCUACUUCUUAUUUUAUAAAAAAUCUUGGUUCUAAAGAGUAUUUAUAUCCUGGCUCAAGAUUUGUUGAUGAUAUAACUCGCCCAGUCUUUACUCGACACACUAAACGAUUUUGGAAUUUGUGGAAUAUAACAGCAUCUAGUAAUGGAAGUUAUAUAAACAUACAAAGUGCACAUAAUAAAGACUAUUUAUAUGUUGGCGAUCCUUACGAAAAGGAUCCACAAAAACGCAGUGUGUUUAUCAGAUUAGGGUUACCAACACAGGAAAUGCUACGAGAAAGUGAAUGGGAAUUAAUUUGUGGAUAAUAAUUCCGUGUCUUAUUUAUAUUUAUAUAAAAAUUUAUGAUUAAAUAUCCUUUUUUUCAAUU